CCUUGAGUCGUGGGUAAAGUUCAGAAGUCACUGUCAAGCGUGGUUGCCUUCACAGGGUGACACUCAGGUGCAACAUCGGUGUCGUACAACCCUGUACGGAGCUACAGGAUCAACAGCUAUUGGGAUUCAAAUGGUAUCUUCACCUCUCGUUUUGACGAGCUUAGACGUCCUAUCUCCCCCAGGCAGGUGAACAUCGAAGUAUGUCAGCUUGAUUCGAAUCCACUGAUGUAAUCCUGGGUAUUAUGAUACAACUGCAGUGUGUAUUACAGCAUUUGAAACCAACAGUGUUUGCCAGGUAGAUCAAGUGGUGGUGUACACCAUAAGAUGAGGAGCACGGCAAAUUGAAUAGUUUGUCUGGUUGCAGGUGCAAACAUUUACGUCACUAUUAACAUACAGGGUGUCACUGACAUGGAAAGUUUUACAGUGUGAAACCGAAACCAUAAAAAGUGUUCAGCGAUUACAACAAACAGGAGUGUGAGGAUCUUCGUAAACAUUUCGAUGCACAACAGCCCGUUGUCAGCAAGUGCAGAUUUUUUGCAGUUGCACUAGUGCACUUUAAAUCCUGCUGAGUGUUGAUUUCGCUCACAAACCUUUGAUUCCAUCAUCAAGCGGACCUCAUAAGCUGAUAAGAAGAUCUGCGUCAGGAGACGUUCCUUUUUCAUGCUACCAUGUGUGUUGAGUCCAGGACAAAUUACUUCCUGCUGAGGACUGUCUUUGACUAUUUUCUCAGAAAUAAUAUGUGUUGAUGACUUGUCUGUUUGGUUCAUCUGUAUGGAUAAAUUCUCAUUUCAUGCAGCGAUGUCAGACAGACUUACUGAACUUUUCAAAUUACGUCUUUUUAAAUGAAAAUCUGUAUUACGCAUUUGGUUGGAUAUGAGACAGAAGAUUCGAUAUCUUGUCAGUAUAUGUGAUUGUGGAAUAUAUCGCAAUUGACAUCUGAUGACGUGCAUCACAAGAGGAUUAUUCUUUUGCAGUGAAUAUCAGUCUGACUCUGAAGAAGAUAGGCAUAUGCCUGAUUUGGGAACAGCUUCAGGCCAACAACAAAUGUGGCAUUUAAGAAACUUGCAUGAUAUCAGAUAAAUCUUUUUUAUAUGCAAAUCAGCUGUUUCGACAAGGAAAUACUAGGAGUAUACAGUGAAGCGUCUCACUGAGAAAGGCUCACAUCAAAGUGUACUGACUGACGUAGGAUCAUAAUCUGUAGGUGUGACAUAACCAUAUGGACAGAUAACAAGAAAUUGACACCUGUCAAUUUCACUUGUGGAUGUUUACCUGUCGUCACAAAGAGUACAUAUCUGUUGGCCAGCUGGCACAAGGCUUUUGAAAGUGACGUGAUAUGUACAUGAUAUUGAAGUGAGAAAUGUAAACAAUCUGGGACCUUGGCUUAUAUUUGAAGAAAUCUACAUGCUAUUGACGUCAUUCCAAAGAGACAUUUGACAGCUGUUAAAAUAUACCUAAAAAAGUGUAUAUUUCAUCAAGUGCCGUAUCCCUGUGGCUGAUUCAGCGUUGCAUUCGUACAUACAGAGAGUGACAUUGUUUUACACUGACAGGAAUUGUUUUGGAAGUUUUGACACUGAUUAAUUUCAUUUUGGGGUUUAGAAAGGUGACAGUGGUAGAAUUUGUUUGCAUUUGGACUGAAUCAUAACUCCUGACAGUGGACAGAGCUCUACAGCAGUUAAUGAAUUGGAUCUAUUUCAUUAACACCAGAAAUCCUCACAAGUGUAUCUGAUCUUCCCAUCAGUGGUAGCCAAUGGUUAUCUAGGUUUAUUAAGCAAGUCCACAUUGUUUUAUUGUGUUGUGACAGGUUGACGUGGCUCUGAAAUAGAGAACUAUGAAAUGUGUGCACUAGGUCCAUCCCAGGAGUGAUGUAAACUUGCUUAUCGACAGAAUUACUGUGCUGUUUUAUUCCUCUGUGUGAGAUACUGUGUUUGCUUUGUGGACAUUACCUCGCAGACAAUGUCAUCCCUCGGUCGACAUCCAAGCUGCAUCCACUUCCCUAAGUUGGAGAAGCUCCACAGGCUGCUUAGAAAGUCUUCAAGGAGCCAACCUGCCAUUGGUCUCAAACAGACUCCAAAGUCAAGGCCGACCAUCUUUGGUACGAUUGCACAAGACAAGGCUCCAACCGAGGAUCGACGGAGGCAGAGUGUUGGUCCACAGACUCUGAGCCUUUCACAAAUGUUUGACAUGGAGAAAAACGGCUUUGACAGCCACAUACGAUACAUAGACGAAACUGAUGCAUUGAUAUUUCAAGAUGGCAACCUGUUAUCAGGAUCGCUGGAGGCACUUAUCCAGCAUCUGGUACCUACAGGAGAUUAUUACCCUGAUAGGACGUACAUAUUUGCAUUUCUCUUGAGUUCAAGGCUGUUUAUCCGACCCCACAGCUUAUUGGGAGAAGUUUGCCAGGUGUGCAUAUUUCAACAGAACCUGGCCAAUGACAGAAUUGAUAAGAAUUCCCUGGGUAAAUUCGGAACACACAUUGUCAGCCUGCUGAGCGAGUGGACCGAAUUAUUCCCCUACGACUUCAGGGAUGAGCGUAUGAUGAAACACCUGAAGGAUAUCACCCAGCGUGUCGUCAAGAUCUACCCAGAACUCAGAAAGGAUAUCAGUGCCCUCAUGCAUAAUCUUCUCUCUCGAUUGUCUCGGUUGCAGAAGUUUGAAGAUGUCCUGGCUAAACUGACCAGUGAGGCCAUGCAGAAAUCGCAGACCCAGGUUGUCCCCACCACCGACAUCAUGGAGGUGUGCCCCAGCCCACUCGUCUUAGCUCAACAACUAACGCAUGUUGAACUGGAACGUUUGAGUAUGAUUGGCGCUGAAGAAUUUGUCCAAGCAUUCUCAAAAGAAGUUAUUGAUGGCGAGACAACAUUCCGUGACAUGAAAAAGACAACCAACUUGGAGGCGUAUGUUCAGUGGUUCAACCGACUCAGCUACCUCGUGGCGUCAGAAAUAUGCUCACAUUUGAAGAAGAAGAACCGAGUUAAAAUGAUUGAGUACUUCAUUGACGUGGCCAAGGAGUGCAUCAACAUCGGCAACUUCAAUAAUGGCAAUUUCAACUCCUUAAUGGCAAUCAUAGCUGGCAUGAACAUGAGCCCUGUUGCAAGAUUAAAAAAGACGUGGGCUAAGGUGAACACAGCCAAGUUCCUUAUCUUGGAGCAUCAGAUGGACCCCUCAAACAACUCCGGCAGUUACCGAUCAUGUCUCAAGGCGGCAAUGUGGCGCUCACAGGGGGCAGUCGAUGACCAGGGAAAGAUCGUCAUCCCCUUCUUCAGCCUGUUUGUCAAAGAUCUGUAUUUCCUCAAUGAAGGCUGCUUGAGCAGGCUGUCCAACACAAACAUCAACUUUGAGAAAUUCUGGCAGGUUGCAAAGCAGAUCUCUGAUAUCAUGGCUUGGCAGCAAGUUGAGUGCCCUUUUGAGAAGAACAACAAAGUGUUGAAUUACGUGCUGACAUCCCCAGUUUUCUCAGAAACAAAGCUAUCACUGGCAUCAUAUGAGUGCGAGCCCCCAGAAAACAGCUAUGACAAGGAGAGACACAAGACACUCAAGGCUCAGGCUGGUUUAUGACAAACAAAGAGAAAGACGUCAGCCUAGUUCCUUUGUGAAUCAUUUUCAUACUGGUACUUAAAAUGGCUGCCGACUGCCCCGUGGUUGUUACACUGCAAGGUGUAUUAUGGAGGAUAUUGUCCGGCUUUGAGUGUUGUGCAGGAUCUGUUGUAGACGCUUGAAGAUGUCCUUGCUAGUGUUGGUCAAGAAUCAGAUUGAAGUUGUAAUGUGUGUGAUAAACAUUGAAGAAGGAGGGACAGUAUCUUCUAAAAUGGCAGUCGGACAUAAUGUCUCAGUGCUGGAGUUAUCUCCCAUUUAAAGGAGUUACCCCCCCUGCAAAAUGGCAGACACUACGUGUCCAGACUGAUCUCUAGUGAGAAUGCCUGUGCUAUAAAACUCUAUAAGACUGUGUCAUUAUGAACACUUCAAACUUGUGAGUGACAAAGACAUUGCCAGUAUGUUUGUACUGGAAAACAAAAAGUGCUGUGGAACUUGUUUUAAAGGCACUUGUGACUGUUGCUGGACAACAAAUUGUGCCAUUUGUUACUAAAGUCUGAUGGGACUCUAAUUUAUUUUCCUGGUGGUGCUGAUGAUUGAGUUUAGGUUGCCCUCUCAGGAUGCUGCUUCAUACGUUCCAUGUUAUUUGUUUUGCAAGCUACAUGGACAAUUUUAACAUUCUCAAGAAAAUUUUAUUCUCAGAGAGCCUAGUUAUAUAUAUAUUAUGAGGAACAUUUCAUUAUUUUUUUUCUAAAAAGAAAAAUGAAACAAAAAUGGAAAAUGAGACCAAAGAUUUUGAGAAUCUCAUGGGAACACUACAGGUUUUAUAUAUCUAUGUAUACAAGACUGUUUUCAGGGGGAAACAAAUUUGUUGUAUAUGUGGUCGGACUUGUAGAUAUUCAAAAGAACAUUCAUUUGUAAAAUUUCAUAAAUGGCAUUUUCAUACUUGGAACCAUUCCAAUUUUCCUCUUAUAUUUCGAAUGAUUAUUUCAUUAAGAGGAAAGAAGGAAAUGUCGUUUUUACUUAUCAUCCAUAGAAGGGCAAAGAAUAAAAUUCAAAAAUUGUACAAAUCUGAAACAUUUUAUCGUCCAGUGUGAACAAACACUUGUUUCUACUGCACAUGUAGCCCAUGUUUGGAGAUCAAAAUCACCAUUGUCUAAUCACUAUCCUCAUACCAUUGGAAUCAUCAAAUCAUGCACCAUCAAUACUCAGAAAUACGAAGACUGGGAUCUGUAUUGUUGUUCUGUGCCGCUUCUUGCUAGUGUUUAGCAGCUGUUGUUGGAUACGCACUUUGUUGACAGUGGUGCCGAGCCCUAGGCGGACAUAUUGUUAAACUGUGUGAUGCUUUAGUGGCCCUGGCGCUUGCACUUGUACAUAGAAUCUGUACAUACAAUCAGUCGAAUAAAAUGUGAAUCAUGAAUAA